AUGAACACCAGCAUUGCAACUGUCGGAGGCUCCUCCGGUGGUUCAGCCAACUGUGGAAAGCAAGGCAGAACGCAUAGAACAGGUGCAAAGUUCACGGAGAAGUGGGAUUUGUGCUACGCCUUUUCCAAGCAUGGCUCCUGCAAAGACAAGAACUGCCAAUGGAGGCAUGAGCUGCCGAAGAAGGAGGAGACCAAAGAAGCAAAAGAGGUCAAGGAUGCCAAGGAGGCCAAACCAAAGUCUCGGCCUCGAGUCGAGAGGAAAGAAGAAGUCCAAAGCCUGAGCAGAGGCAUCAGCGGCUUCCACCGGCAGCUGGCGGCAGCAGUUACAGAAGACAUGGAGCAAGAUGCGGCAGGACAAAUCGUUACACGAUGGAAACACCACUACAGAUGGCCAAUCGACAGCAAGAGUAAGCCUGGUGGCUAUGGCUACGGCUAUGGAGCAAGCCGUGACGAAGAGACCAGCAGCGAGUCAAGCAGCGAAUCUGAGAGCAGCGAUAGCAUAGCAUCUGAGGUCGAAGUGGAGAGCAUUCCCAAAGCACCUGAAGCUGUCAAAGGAAGCACUGAGACUUUGCCAAAACGGCGGAGCGUCACGUUCAAAGAGGAGGUCUUGAUCCUGACAGACUCGGCCCGUGAAUUCACGAAGCUCAGCGUCAGACAAGGCACACUCAGAAAGCGCUUCAAGGAGCCCCCACCUGCUGGAAAGCUCGUCAGAACCAAUGAGGGUGGCAGAGCACUCAAAUCCCCACCUCCCGAGAGAAGUUUUCUCGGCGAGCCGACAGAGAUGCCAAGCCUGAAAAAAAAGCGGAAGCCGCAAGAAUCGAAGGUGUCAGAGGAUGGUCGAAAAAAGAGAAAUCGAAAAGAGAAGAGUCGAAGCCCUGAUGGCUCAGCUACAGGGCCGCAAAGAGAUGAUACAGCCAAUGCGGCGAAGGAACAGAUAGUAAGAGAGGAGCCGAUGGCAGACGCAGACAUGUCGCAUGUGCACCUGCAAAUCCAAAAGCCGAAGGAAGAUGGCGAGUCAAUCCAAGAGAGCAUCCAGGAGGAGAAAAGUACAAAGACAAACAAUAAUGAGAAGAAUGACCAUGCGCAGCGGGGACUCAAGGAGAGGGGCGAGAGUGGCACGCGGGGCAUGCAGCAUGUCAACGUCGUGCCAGAGCAGCAGGAGAGACGUACAGAGGAUGUUGCUGACCCGCCAAAUCACGCAGCCCCUGCUGUGUUGAUGCCCACUUCGGCACAAUGCUGUGACCACGUGCAGGCUGUGUCGGAAGAGACAAGUCAGGAAGAAAGGCCAGGCCCCCCUUCGAAGAAGGUGCCCUGGAACCACGAGAGGCUGCAGCACGCCGACUUAGAGGAGCCAAGAGCACGGGUAACAUCCGACCAAGAGGCCAAGAAAGCUCCGACACGUGGGAUACGACUUGCAGAGGAAUGGAGGCCGCCACCUCCACUUCUCCUGCCGAAGGACAUCCAAGUGUGGAAUGCCUCUGAGUAUCGCGGCACGGAGUUGAGAGCGAGAGCAAAGUCUCGCCAGCAUCCCCAGCGGCAAGUUGAGGAGCCAAGAGCACGGGUAACAUCCGACCAAGAGGCCAAGAAAGCUCCGACACGUGGGAUACGACUUGCAGAGGAAUGGAGGCCGAGACGGCCAAGUCUUGACGCCAAGUUUGAUAAAGAAAAGAAUAAAAGAGCUUAG